AUGAAGUCAAGGAGGGAACAGAAGAAGGAGGUGUUAUCACUGAGCCGGCAACUGAGUGGCGACUUCACGAAGCUGGACUUUUGGCAUGGUCUUCUGCCUGAUGAGGAUACGGCGAACAUUCUGAAGCUUGAUGGUGAUUAUCUUCUUCGUGGCAUUCAUAAGGAUGGCCAAUACUGUGUGAUCUUAAGCAUCAGAUGGGGCAAAAAUGUGGGUUUUUUGGUUGAUUUGGCUUGGUUUUAGGGAUUUUUAGGUGUUUUAGGCUUAUUUAAAGGCGUGUUUUUUAGGCUUAAAUAAAGGCAUGUUUUAGGCUUAAACAAACACGUCUUUUAGGCUUAAAAGAAGACGGAAUUUGACUUAUCCUUUUUGUUGUUAUAGGUACUGAAUGCCGGUCUCACGGAGCGGAAUUCAGGCGGGUGGAUUUUCCAAGAUAGGCCAUAUGACACAAUCAAGGAAGUCGUCGAUAUGCUUCAAGUAAUAAUUUUUUGACAAAAUUUUACACAUAAACCCCAAUUUUAAAAUUUUGUGAAAUGGUCCUCAAAUUCAAAUUUUUGACAUUUCAGUUUGAAUUUAGGUAACAAAAUGCCCGAUAACCAUCUGUAACGUGAUGUGCUACUUGGAUACACCAGUACGAAGAAAGGCGUGGGAAUUGCGUCGUCAGAUGGUCAAGUUGGGCAAAGAACUUGGCCAAGGAUCAUAUGGUACCGUAUACAUGGGCCAGUUGCUCAUCGGUCGAAAUAAAAUCAUCCGGGUAGGCUUUAGGUCAUUUUAGGGUGGGGUACUUUGGACCACAAUAGUUUUGCUUUCAGGCUUAGAGCACACAAAGCAUUGCCUAUGGCAGGAUUGAGUAUAGUACUGUAGGGUUCAGUAGAGUAUUGUAGGAUUCAGCAGAGGACUGAAGGGUUUAGUAGAGUACUUCAGGGCAUGUUGUUUUAGAGUACGGUAGAAGAUGAUGUGUAUUGUCCUACUAUUGAACUUUUUGAUUUUCAGGUAGCCGUAAAGGUGUUGACUGAAAUGACGGCCGAAGCUUCGAAUGCCUUGUGGAAGGAAGCUCGAUACCAUCAGUCCUUUGACCAUCCAAAUUGUGUCAAGAUGUACGGUGUUGCCAACGAUGCUUUGGUAUGUUACUUCAUUUUUUAAAAAAAAAUUUAACUUGGUCACCUCUGUUGAUGUUUAGCGGAAAAUUUUGAAAAAAUAUUACCCUCCGUCCCCUUUUAAAAAUUUUUUAGUUAGGUCACGGCUACAGCUUAUAUUCACCCUUAUAUCCCUGACUUUCCAGCCCUACUACCUCGUAAUGGAACUGGUCAACGGUGGCUCAUUGGACAAGUACCUCAUCAAGAAGGGUCCCAAGCUCUCGGUGAAAGAACGAGUGACAAUCCUCUUGGACGCGGCCAAAGGUCUAGACUACCUUCACGAUAAAGGCACUCUUCAUCGUGAUGUAGCCGCAAGAAACUUGUUGAUCGACUCCAACGUGGUAAAGGUGGCCGACUUUGGAAUGUCGCGGAAAUGCGCCAACUACAAGGUCGACACCAACAAACCGCUGAAUCUGAGAUGGCUGGCUCCAGAAGUGUAUAAAACACAGACGGUCAACAAGGCGACGGACGUGUACGCGUUUGGUGUCACCAUCUACGAGGUGUUCUCGGUGCCGUACAAGAUUCCGUACGAGAAGUGGGAUGCUAAUAAGGUGGGGUUGGGUGGUUUUUGGGUUUGCAAGGGGCGGGGGGGGGGUUUGUAUUGCUCGGGAGGGGUUCUAUAGAGGGUUUUAUGGGUUUGGGGGGGGGGUAGAUCUACCUCUCCCAAAAUUUUUUUUGGAAGAAAGUUUGACAGGUUGAUUGAAUUCUUGUUGUUAUUUUUGGAUUUAAAUUUUGAGGGUGUGGUAAAUGGGGGUGGAUUUACCUCGCCUAAAAAAAUUUUUUAAGGAAAAUGUUUUUAUUGGUGGAUUGAAUUGUUUUUGCUAUUUUUGAAAGAAAAGGGAGGGUGUGGUAAAUGGGGGUGGAUUUACCCCGCCCAAUUUUUUUUUCAAAUAUGGAAUUUUUUGUUGUGAGACCAUUUAAAAUUGUAAAAAAGUAAUGUAAUUUUUCUUUUUUUCCAUGCCUAAAAUUAAAAAAAAUGUUUAUAACAUUUUCUUUUUCAGGUGUUUGAAGAAGUCAUUGAAGGAGAAUAUCGCUUGUCUUUGGCAGACAAUGUUCCGCCAUACAUUCGUCAAGUCUUUGGAGAAUGUAUUGGCCCUGAAGAGGAACGUCCACCCUUCAAGUCGAUUGUCAUUUGCCUCCGGAACUUCCAGGAAGGCAAGAAUGAAGGUGGCAUUGGCGUUGGACUGUGA